AUGAAGGCUGUCUGUUCCUCCAUCAAUGAGGCCAAGAGACAGAUGGAGAAACUAGAGGUGCUGGAGGAGUGGCAGUCCCACAUCGAAGGAUGGGAGGUAGGUUCACAUGUACUCUACAAUACACCAUACUGGCUAGUACCUAUAGACUUAGGGUAGUGGAGGAGAAACUAAAGGUCCUAGAAGAGUGGCAGUCCCACGUCGAGGGAUGGGAGGUGGGUUCACAUGUACAAUACAAUAUACUAUAUAGUACACCAUAUUCAGAUCCCACCGAUGCCCACAUCCCCUUUAAGACUUGCUGAAGCCAACUGUGAAAAAGAACAUUCCUACUUUAAAAUCAAAGUACUGCUAUGAACCUGAUGAUGAUUAGAGUAGUCACCUUAAAGCGUGAGAGGAUUUAACAAGAUGGUUGGUCCGGCCAGGCAGAAACUAUUGGGGUAUGUACUGUAUGUGUGAAUAUUACAAAACAUUGUUUGGCAGGGAAUUUACUUCACAUUCACCAGGCCUCGGCCGGCGAUAGUUUUCUAAAUUCAUGCUACCAAUCAAGUCUUAAAGGGGAUGUGGGCAUCGGUGGGAUCUUAAUGGUGCUGAUUGUAUGUCAGGGGCCUGGCGCCUGGGCUUCUUAUGAAAUGUACUUGGCUUAACACUGCGUCCCAAAUGGCACCCUAUUCCCAUAUUAUAGUGCACUACUUUUGACCCGGGCCCACCCAUAGGGCUCUGGUCAAAAUAAGUGCACUUUAUGGGGAAUAGGGUGCCAUUUGGGAUACAUACAGAGAGUGACAGAGAGUGCCCAAGACAUCGAUCAUCCAGUGCUGAAAGAAGGCUUCUUAACAACACUAGGCCCUUGUCAGCUUAAGAGUCAGCUUAAUUUUGAAGAGUCAUGUUUUGAUGACCAUGAUUUUGAUCAGUUAUGAUAAAGAUGGCUGUGGUUUAGAUCAGUUAUGAUAGAAGAUGGAUGUGGUUUUGAUCAGUUAUGAUGGAAGAUGGCUGUGGUUUUGAUCGGUUAUGAUAAAGAUGGCUGUGGUUUUGAUCGGUUAUGAUAAAGAUGGCUGUGAUUUUAAUCAGUAAUGUUAAAGAUGGCUGUGGCUUUGAUCGGUUAUGAUAAAGAUGGCUGUGGUUUUGAUCAGUAAUGUUAAAGAUGGCUGUGGUUUUGAUCAGUUAUGAUAAAAAACGGUUCUAGGUUUUCCAGAUCUGUCUAGAGAGGUCAGCUCCGUGCCUCUGUGUUGUUUUAUGGGACUUGUUGACAACGGAGUGUGUUGUUAGAGUGUAAACUGUGAAUGCAGGCCUGCCAGGCUUUCUGGGUUGCAUCCCAAAUGGCACCCUAUUCCCUAUAUAGUGCACUACUUUUGAUCAGGGACCAUAGGGAUUCCCAUUGGGCUCUGGUCAAAAGUAGUGCGCUAUGUAGGGAAUAGGGUGCCAUUUGGGACUCAGCCCUGGUGCACAACAAAACACACCACAGAAUCAGAAACAGUUGGAUAAUCUUUUAUGAGCAAAAUGUAACUGGAAUGUCUUCUUAUAAAAGACAGAUGCAGCCUGAAAUAAAAUUAUCGUGACUCAGAUUCAUUUCGUUUUUUCUUUUGUGGACGGAUGCAGACACAUUUUGACACUGGCUUAAUCUUUCUGCCCUGUUAAACCCAUUUAGCAGGAGAGGGACAUUCUAAACGUUUACGUUUGCGGCCGAGCUAACUUUGUCAUACAAACCUCUAUAUGAGUCCCAAAUGGCACCCUAUUCUCUUUUAUAGUUUACUACUUUUGACCAGUAGUGCACUAUAUAGGGAAUAGGGUGCCAUUUGGGACACACACUCUCUGAAGGACUGAAAGGAAGUGAACUUGAUGAGACUCAAACUGUUUGUAAGACAUGGUGUUCUAGCCCAGGGACAAUCUCUUCGGUCUUUAACACAACAGGUUUUUUAUUAAGCACGGACUGACCUCUUGGAAGAGAACCCAAGUGUCUGGUUUAGCCUUUAGAGGUUCUGGUUCGUCAAUGGCUAUUUGUCAGAGUGUUACUGCAAAUUGGGAAAAUAGCAGCUGAAACACACACACACACACACACACACACACACACACAAAGAAACUAAGAAGUGUAAUGUGUAAUCAGGAAAAGGGUGGAGGAGUGUGACAUUUGCACGCCAUGGUCUUAGAGAGCACAAGCUGUUCUCUGGUUUCCUCAAUAGCUUUUAUUAAUGAUAAACAUUAGGUAAUUCUGGAGCAGGUCACUACUCUACACGCCAGACACUGUUCUCUAUUAGAUGGGCCUAAGAGAGAAGAAAACUGGAAAGCAGAGAGAGAGGGAUAGACAGAGCGAAAGAGAGAGGGGAGCAGAUUGAGAAAGAGAGGGAGAGGGGAGAAAUAGAGAGAGACCAAAGACAAAGGCAGAAGGAGGAAAAGGCAGAACAGAGAGAAGGAGAGAAAUGUCCAGGGAGAGAUCGUUGGUGUCUUGUGUUACUAUGUGUGGGCGUUUAAAGAAUGAACAGAAAGGAUGGAGGGAUGAGGGAGGAGGGAAGAGUGCGAGCCGAGGGCCUCAGUAAGUUUUUCCUCUGUCGCUUCCAGGUCGCGGCUGAUAGCUCAUUAGUGUAGAACCUUCUCCACAUCUGUGUGCCCUCGGGUCACCAUGGCAGCCAGGUUCACCGCCUUGCCGUGGGAGAGACAGUUCAUCUGCAUCCCAAAUGGCACCCUACUCCCUAAGUAGUGCACUACUUUUGACCAGGGCCCAUAGUGAUUCCCAUAGGGCUCUGGUCAAAAGUAGUGCACAAUAUAGAGAUAGAGUGCCAUUUGGGACGCAGGCAGGGCAGGGCGAGGGACCACAGUGGUUGGCUGCCAGCGGUUGCCACGACGAUGAUUGCCCAUUGGUCAAGGCUUCUAUGUCUGUACUGUGUCACCCGGUCUCUUGGGUCUCAGUUUGGAAGUGGUAAAAGUUAUGUCCAAAACCCGAAAACUUAAAGCAGACAUUGAAUAUCCCUUUGAUCAUGGUGAAGUUAUUAAUUAUACUUUGGAUGGUGUAUCAAUACACCCAGUCACUACAAAGAUACAGGCGUCCUUCCUAACUCUGUUACCGGAGAGGAAAGAAUGUGCUCAGGGAUUUCACCAUAAGGCCAAUGGUGACUUUAAAACAGUUACAGAGUUUAAUGGCUGUGAUAGGAGAAAACUGAGGAUGGAUCAACAACAUUGUAGUUACUCCACAAUACUAACCUAAUUGACAGAGUGAAAAGAAGGAAGGCUGUAUAGAAUAAAAAUAUUCCAAAACAUGCAUCCUGUUUGCAACAAGGCACUAAAGUAAUACUGCACAAAAUGUGGCAAAGCAAUUAACUUUGUCUUGAAUACAAAGUGUUAUGUUUGGGGCAAAUCCAAUACAACACGUUACUGAGUACCACUCUCCAUAUUUUCAAGCAUAGUGGUGGCUGCAUCAUGUUAUGGGUAUGCUUGUAAUCGUUAAGGACUGGGGAGUUUUACAGGAUAAAAAUGGAAUGGAAUGGAGCUAAGCACAGGCAAAAUCCUAGAGGGAACCUGGUUCAGUCUGCUUUCCACCAGACACUGGGAGAUUAAUUCACCUUUCAGCAGGACAAUAGUCUAAAACACAAGGCCAAAUCUACACUGGAGUUGCUUACCAAGAAAACAGUGAAUGUUCCUGAGUGGCCAAGUUACAGUUUUGACUUAAAUCUACUUGAAAAUCUAUGGCAAGACCUGGAAAUGUUUGUCUAGCAAUGAUCAACAAUCAAUUUGACAGAGCUUGGAUAAUUUUUUAAAGAAUAAUGGGCAAAUAUUGUAGCACAAUCCAGGUGUGGAAAGCUCUUAGAGACUUACCCAGAAAGACUCACAGCUGUGAUCGCUGCCAAAAGUGCUUCUACAUAGUAUUGACUCGGGUGUGAAUACUUAUGUAAAUGAGAUAUUUCUGUAUUUCGUUGUCAGUACAUUUUCAAAAGUUUCUGAAAACAUGUUUUCACUUUGUCAUUAUGGGGUUUUGUGUGUAGAUGGGUGAGAAAAAAUAAAUAUAUAAUCCAUUAUGAAUUCAGGCUGUAACACUAAAAUGUGGAAUAAGUCAAGGGGUAUGAAUACUUUCUGAAGGCACUGUAUGCUGUUUCUCUCUCUUUCUCUUUCUCUCUCUUUCACUCACUCGCUCGCUCGCUUUCUCUUAUUGUAUUAUGCCUGGCACUCCUCUGACAGUUAAAAGAGGGGGAUGAGAGUUAGAUGAAACAGACCAUAGACUGUGGAGUGUUGUUUAGGCUUCAGGCCCCACUACUCACUCAAUAGCCUCUCUAUGGAACAGCUGUGGGCUGGAGAGAGUGAAGAGGGGGGAGAGGAGGAAAGAGCGAGAGAAGACAGGAAAAGGGAGAGAGGUGUAUAGUGAGACGAAAGAGAGAGAAAUAGACAGAGGGAGGAACAAAUACAGAAGUAGUGCACUAAAUAGGGUAGCUCAGUUGGUAGAGCACGGCGCUUGCAACGCCAGGGUUGUGGGUUCGUUUCCCACGGGGGGCCAGUAUGAAAAAUGGAUGCACUCACUAACUGUAAGUCGCUCUGGAUAAGAGCGUCUGCUAAAUGACUAAAAUGUAAAAUGUAUAGGGAGCCAUUUUGAAAGCAGACCUGGAGUGUUCUCUCACAGAAAGUGUCUGUAGUGUCUGUUCCAGUGGACAGUAAGUUGAGGAUUAGUGUGUAGUCUGGACCGGUGGCGGUGGCAUUCAGCUGGUCUGGCCCCCACUGGUAGAAAUGAACACCUCAUCUUGGCCUUGGGCAAGAAAGAAGUACUCUGAGAAAGAUGGAGAAGAGAAAGGAGGGAGUGGAAGGGAGAGGAGGAGAGAGGAGGGAGUGGAGGAGCGAGUUGUUCAAAAGAAAAGAAAGAGAAAGAGAGCGACAAAGAUGGAUAACAUUUACAUUUACAUUUAAGUCAUUUAGCAGACGCUCUUAUCCAGAGCGACUUACAGGAGCAAUUAGGGUUAAGUGCCUUGCUCAAGGGCACAUUUACGUAAUUUAGCAGACGCUCUAGUCCAGAGCGACUCACAAAUUGAUGCAUUCACCCUAUAGCCAGUGGGAUAACCACUUUACAAAUUUUUUUUUGGGGGGGGGGGAGCUCUAGAGGGGGAUAGAGGUGAGGAAAGAAAGAAACAAGAAAGAGGGGCCAAGGAAAGAUUAGAAAGGGAAAGCAAAGAACGUCAGAGACUUGGGAGAUGGGAAUAGGUCAAGAAAAAGAAGGAGUGGGAGUUGCAAUAAUCAAUGAGAGAGAGAGAGUAGAGAGAGAGGGAGGCUUGGCCCGUGUGGAUUCCUCAGCAGGAGGAAAUGUUUAGCAUAACUUCUGGCUCUGCUCGUUCCGGGAGUUAUAUUUAGAUCUAACAGGCAGGGUUGCUCAAACGCAACAUAUACAGUGGGGAAAAAAAGUAUUUAGUCAGCCACCAAUUGUGCAAGUUCUCCCACUUAAAAAGAUGAGAAAGGCCUGUAAUUUUCAUCAUAGGUACACGUCAACUAUGACAGACAAAAUGAGAUUUUUUUUCUCCAGAAAAUCACAUUGUAGGAUUUUUAAUGAAUUUAUUUGCAAAUUAUGGUGGAAAAUAAGUAUUUGGUCAAUAACAAAAGUUUCUCAAUACUUUGUUAUAUACCCUUUGUUGGCGAUGACACAGGUCAAACGUUUUCUGUAAGUCUUCACAAGGUUUUCACACACUGUUGCUGGUAUUUUGGCCCAUUCCUCCAUGCAGAUCUCCUCUAGAGCAGUGAUGUUUUGGGGCUGUCGCUGGGCAACACAGACUUUCAACUCCCUCCAAAGAUUUUCUAUGGGGUUGAGAUCUGGAGACUGGCUAGGCCACUCCAGGACCUUGAAAUGCUUCUUACGAAGCCACUCCUUCGUUGCCCGGGCGGUGUGUUUGGGAUCAUUGUCAUGCUGAAAGACCCAGCCACGUUUCAUCUUCAAUGCCCUUGCUGAUGGAAGGAGGUUUUCACUCAAAAUCUCACGAUACAUGGCCCCAUUCAUUCUUUCCUUUACACGGAUCAGUCAUCCUGGUCCCUUUGCAGAAAAACAGCCCCAAAGCAUGAUGUUUCCACCCCCAUGCUUCACAGUAGGUAUGGUGUUCUUUGGAUGCAACUCAGCAUUCUUUGUCCUCCAAACACGACGAGUUGAGUUUUUACCAAAAAGUUCUAUUUUGGUUUCAUCUGACCAUAUGACAUUCUCCCAAUCCUCUUCUGGAUCAUCCAAAUGCACUCUAGCAAACUUCAGACGGGCCUGGACAUGUACUGGUUUAAGCAGGGGGACACGUCUAGCACUGCAGGAUUUGAGUCCCUGGCGGCGUAGUGUGUUACUGAUGGUAGGCUUUGUUACUUUGGUCCCAGCUCUCUGCAGGUCAUUCACUAGGUCCCCCCGUGUGGUUCUGGGAUUUUUGCUCACCGUUCUUGUGAUCAUUUUGACCCCACGGGGUGAGAUCUUGCGUGGAGCCCCAGAUCGAGGGAGAUUAUCAGUGGUCUUGUAUGUCUUCCAUUUCCUAAUAAUUGCUCCCACAGUUGAUUUCUUCAAACCAAGCUGCUUACCUAUUGCAGAUUCAGUCUUCCCAGCCUGGUGCAGGUCUACAAUUUUGUUUCUGGUGUCCUUUGACAGCUCUUUGGUCUUUGCCAUAGUGGAGUUUGGAGUGUGACUGUUUGAGGUUGUGGACAGGUGUCUUUUAUACUGAUAACAAGUUCAAACAGGUGCCAUUAAUACAGGUAACGAGUGGAGGACAGAGGAGCCUCUUAAAGAAGAAGUUACAGGUCUGUGAGAGCCAGAAAUCUUGCUUGUUUGUAGGUGACCAAAUACUUAUUUUCCACCAUAAUUUGCAAAUAAAUUCAUUAAAAAUCCUACAAUGUGAUUUUCUGGAAAAAAAAUUCUCAUUUUGUCUGUCAUAGUUGACGUGUACCUAUGAUGAAAAUUACAGGCCUCUCUCAUCUUUUUAAGUGGGAGAACUUGCACAAUUGGUGGCUGACUAAAUAAUUUUUUCCCCCACUGUACAUUCCCAACAUAGUUGACAAGGUAAGGAGAAGGGCUGUGGAGUUUAUCGCAACCUAUUCCCUACAUAGUGCACGACUACUGCUAUGGGCUCUGGUCAAAAGUAGUGCACUAUAUAGAGAAUAGGGUGCCAUUUGGGACACAGUCACAGAUCCACAUGGUGUGACUUGAUAGGAUGUUAUUAUAUAAAUAGUAACGGCUCUAUUCUUUAAAGUCCCCAAUCAAUCUAAUACUGAGGAUGUGUGUUGAGUUUUUACAGACCCCUUAAGAGAGAAACCAGGAAAGGCAUUCACAGAGAAACCAUGCACAGUGAAUUAAACUCACUACCCAAGGAGCAACUGUGUACUGCAAUUUUACACUGUUAGGCAUACUGUAUGCUACAUGUCCGAUGUCAUGGUGGCUACACAGCAAACCCUCCAGACGAACACAAUCCUGCGAUCACAUAGUUCAACGCAUAAUCAACCCAUAAUCAACCAUUCACUGCAUAAUACAGUUGAAGUCGGAAGUUUACAUACAUAAAACUCGUUUUCAACCACUGCACAGAUUUCUUGUUAACAAACUAUAGUUUUGGCAAGUCGGUUAGGACAUGUACUUUGUGCAUGACACAAGUAAUGUUUCCAACAAUUGUUUACAGACAGAUUAUUUCACUGUAUCACAAUUCCAGUGGGUCAGAAGUUUACAUACACUAAGUUGACUGUGCCUUUAAACAGCUUGGAAAAUUCCAGAAAAUGAUGUUAUGGCUUUAGAAGCUUCUGAUAGGCUAAUUGACAUCAUUUGAGUCAAUUGGAGGUGUACCUGUGGAUGUAUUUCAAGGCCUACCUUCAAACUCAGUGCCUCUUUGCUUGACAUCAUGGGAAAAUCAAAAGAAAUCAGCCAAGACCUGAAGGUACCACGUUCAUCUGUACAAACAAUAGUACGCAAGUAUAAACACCAUGGGACCACGCAGCCGUCAUACUGCUCAGGAAGGAGACGCGUUCUGUCUCCUAGAGAUUAACGUACUUUUGUGCGAAAAGUGCAAAUCCAUCCCAGAACAACAGCAAAGGACCUUGUGAAGAUGCUGGAGGAAACAGGUACAAAAGUAUCUAUAUCCACAGUAAAACUAGUCCUAUAUCGACAUAACGUGAAAGGCCGCUCAGCAAGGAAGAAGCCACUGCUCCAAAACCGCCAUAAAAAAGCCAGACUACGGUUUGCAACUGCACAUGGGGACAAAGAUCGUACUUUUUGGAGAGAUGUCCUCUGGUCUGAUGAAACAAAAAUAGAACUGUUUGGCCAUAAUGACCAUCGUUAUGUUUGGAGGAAAAAGGAGGUUGCUUGCAAGCCGAAGAACACCAUCCCAACCGUGAAGCACGGGGGUGGCAGCAUCAUGCUGUGGGGGUGCUUUGCUACAGGAGGGACUGGUGCAAUUCACAAAAUAGAUGGCAUCAUGAGGAAGGAAAAUUAUGUGGAUAUAUUGAAGCAACAUCUCAAGACAUUAGUCAGGAAGUUAAAGCUUGGUCACAAAUGGGUCUUCCAAAUGAACAAUGACCCCAAGCAUACUUCCAAAGUUGUGGCAAAAUGGCUUAAGGACAACAAGGUCAAGGUAUUGGAGUGGCCAUCACAAAGCCCUGACCUCAACCCUAUAGAACAUUUGUGGGCAGAGCUGAAAAAGCGUGUGCGAGCAAGGAGGCCUACAAACCUGAUUCAGUUACACCAGCCCUGUCAGGAGGAAUGGGCCAAAAUUCACCCAACUUAUUGUGGGAAGCUUGUGGAAGGCUACCCGAAACAUUUGACCCAAGUUAAACAAUUUAAAGGCAAUGCUACCAAACACUAAUUGAGUGUAUGUAAAUUUCUGACCCACUGGGAAUGUGAUGAAAGAAAUAAAAGCAGAAAUAAAUCAUUCUCUCUAUUAUUAUUCAGACAUUUCACAUUCUUAAAAUAAAGUGGUGAUCCUAACUGACCUAAGACAGGGAAUUUGUACUAGGAUUAAAUGUCAGGAAUUGUGAAAAACUAAGUUUAAAUGUAUUUGGCUAAGGUGUAUGUAAACUUCUGACUUCAACUGUAUGUGGUGGGUUACAUAUUUAACAAAGCGCCGCACUAUUACAGCAGAAAACUGACAAGGACCAAUGGAACGGGUGGAUCCCCGGCCUGGUCUAGUAGCCAAGUCUACACAGUAUCUACACCACUGUGUGUCUCUUCCCAGGGUUCCAAUAUAACAGACACGUGUACAGAGAUGUUGAUGCAUGGAGUCCUGCUGAAGAUCUCAGCUGGUAACAUCCAGGAACGCAUCUUCUUCCUCUUCGACAACCUGCUGGUUUACUGCAAGAAGAAAAACAGGUGUGACCGGACUGCCACACCUCUCUCUGACAUCUUUGUUUCCCCUUACCAUAGGCUUGUACAGAUACUUCAAGCAGCACCAGCUACUUUCUAUCAAUCUCCACUGUGUGUUGUUUCAUUAGCCAGAAGGGCACUGUAUAGUUCGCUAGCCUAGGUAUCUACUUGUUUCUAUGUGUUGCCUUGCCUUGUGUGACGAGACAAUGUUAAAUUGGCUUGAAUGUUGUUCCCAGGCGUUUAAAAAACAGCAAGGCGGUUACAGAGGGACCUCGUUACCUGUUCAGAGGGAGAAUCAACACAGAGGUGAUGGAAGUGGAGAACGUAGAUGAUGGAACAGGUGAGUUCUACCCGUAACAGGUCACUCAGGGUGUGUCUCAAAUGGCACCCUAUUCCCUAAAUAGUGCACAACUUUUAAACAGCCAUUUCAGACGCAACCCUUAUCCUAUUUCGCAACCCAACUACCAUCCAAUGCUCGGAGGAAACCCUGAGCUAACAACAAAAGGCAUCUUUAUUGCAGUAUUUCUUCUGUCAAAAGUGGAUUCGUUAUCUCCAUGUACUGCAGACAAUCUGCAUUUCUUUAUGUAGACAAUCAAUUCAAUUUUUAGUGCGGCAACACAUUGUUCCCAAUUUGCUGUUUGGGAGGAAUUGAUUUUGUCUCCACGGAUCAGAACACAUUUAUAUUAUCUUUGCUUCUUACUUUGUACGUCCCAAAUGGCACCCUAUUCCCUACAUAGUGCAGUAAUUUUGACCAGGGCACAUAGGGCUGUGGUCAAAGGUAGUGCACUAUAAAGAGAAUAGGGUGUCAUUUGGAACUCUGAACACAUUUAAUAACACAUUGUUAUUAGGCGGCAGGUAGCCUAGCGGUAAGAGCGUUGUGCCAGUAACCAAAAGGUCGCUGUGUUGAAUACCCGAGCCGACAAGGUGAAAAAUCUGUCGAUGUGCCCUUGAGCAAGACACUUAACCCUAAUUUACUCCAGGGGUGCGCCGUACUACUAUGGCUGAUGCUGUAAAACAACACAUUUCACUGCACCUAUCUGGUGUAUGUGACAAUAAAAUAUGUAUUUUUUUAUUUUUUCCCAGGAGCACUGAGAUCUCAGAUCUCUAUUUCCUGUUUUGACAGUUAAUCAAUUCAGAGGGUGAACCAGUCGAUCGGGUUAGAUACCCUCCCAGCCAACUGUAUGAAAUGUCAAUAAGUGAUGGAUGAGGAGUGUUUUAAUUUACAGCCUACUUAGAUUUUAUAGUCUACUGCACACAAAGCCAUAACACAGUCUACACUCUUAGAAAAAAAGGUGAUAUCUAGAACCUACAAGGGUUCUUUGGCUGUCCCCAUAGGAGAACCCUUUGAAGAACCCUUGUUGGUUCCAGGAGAAACCUUUUUGGUUUCAAGUAUAACUGUUUUGGGUUCAGUGUAGAACCCUUUCGACAGAGGGUUCUACCUGGAACCCAAAAUGGUUCUACCUGGAACCAAAACGGGUUUUACCUGGAACCAAAAAGGGUUCUCCUAUAGGGACAGCUGAAGAACCCUUUUGGUAGCCUUUUUUCUAAUAGUGUUGGUUCAAAAUGUUGAGAUAAAGGAACUAAAGGGACUGUACGUGGAAUUUACAUUUUAGUCUUAUAGCAGACAGUAGUGCUGAGCAAUUAACCAACAUUUUGGUUAUUUUUCAGUUUUUAAACAACUAAUUGACCGACGUCGGUUUAAUUAUUUGAAUUCCAUUUCGUUAGUUUUUUUUCUGUGCGCUCAAUGCGCACAUUGCACAGUUUCUCUAGAGAUAAAUCAGAUCCAACCUGAACUGUGCGAUGUAGUAUAAUAAUAAUAAUAAUAAUAAUAUGACAUUUAGCAGACGCUUUGAUCCAAAGCGACUUACAGUCAUGCGUGCAUACAUUUUUGUGUAUGGGUGGUCCCGGGGAUGUAUGGAGUUGUAGUUUCCAACAGGCCAAUAUUCUACAUAGUUUAGCGCAUAAAACUUGGUAAUUAACUACAAUGACCAUAAUCAAUUGCGCAUCUACUUGUCCGGUCUGUGUUUCUUUUACGCCUGCUACGGAAGAGACAGACGAAUGUGUGAUCAUGAGGUGAUAUAGAGAGCAGCUGUUGCUUCGUGAGUUGUCUAUUCCUGAAAAUACAUGAUCUAAUUGUCAUUGUUGGUAUUCAGCAGUCAUAAAGGUAUGCCUUAUUUACUUUGAGGAACCACUAAAAUAGUGAUUUAGUCAGACAGCAUAGGCAGCAGCUCUAUAGAGAUGAGAUGAUGACUUGGAAUGAAAUAAUAGUCAUCAAAUAAAAUAAAUGUAAUAUACCCAACAAUGGAAAUAUUUUUGUAAAGUAAUGUGAAUAAAUGAGUGUUUAUAAGUGAUAAGCAGUAGUGGGCAGUCACUACCAUCAUGGGACUUUUAUUAAUUGUUUUAUUCUGUUGUUACAGCAUUCAACCCACAUAAUGCAUAGUGCAUUUGAUCGACCGACCUCAAAAAGCACUAAUCGCUCUGCACUAGCCUUCUCUCUAAACGUAUCCCUCCACUGCUAGUUGGCUGAUGGUGGGUGGGUCUAUUUUCUUACAGCCUUGACAGCUGAAGGUUAUACAAAUGCCAUCUUCCAGGCAUGGUGACAAGUCUCUGCGCACACACACACACACUCUCACACACACUCUCUCUCACACACACACACACACACACACACACACACACACACACACACACACACACACACACACACACACACACACACACACACACAACACAGUUAACUCUAGCUGUGUGUGUUGGUCCAGUACAGCCACUCAUUAUCAGUUAAGUUUUUUAGAAGCAAUCAUUUCCUCCCCAGCAGACUUAAUAUUGGGUGUUUUUGGGAGAUGGAUGGGAUUGGGCUUGGAUGGGAUGGAUGGGAUUGUAGGGGGGGGGGGGGGGGAACAGGCCCUAUAACUGUCUUCGCCACUAUACGCCUGCCAAGGCUACCAGUAAUAUGAUAGAUUCUAACGCACGGACGCACGCACACACACACACACACACACACUACAGCUUUGUUAGGCCACGGACAGACAGGGGAUUCUGCCUCUGUUACACACAUGUGCUCCAGAGGAUCUAGGAGCAGAGAGGGAUAGGAUUUGUAAAUUCCAUUUAAUCUCUCCUUCCCUCUGUUUCCGGAAGAAUGAUGUGAUGUUAGCUUAUUCUUGCUAAAAGGCCUAGCAGUCAACAAGCAUAAACUACUGCAAAACUGUGCAAAGAAAAUUGUCAUAAAUCCUUCAAGUAGUCAACGGAACAAAGGAAGCUGAUUUUAUUGACGUUCCAGAAGGGAAGUACUCUGGUAUUGAGAUAAUGUGAAAUGACCUGAGUUAUUCUUGUCGGUUCUGGCACAGGCCUCAUCCUGAACCUACUGUGGGAUUUAUAAUGGAGUAGUAAUGAGUUAGCUACUACUGCUGUGCUUUUAGCCUGGACUUAAUACUAUGGCAAUGUAGAUGACAGAUUCCUUUUCUAAAUUCUGUAUUACAUAUUCUGUAUUCCAUAUUCCAUAUUCCGUAAUCAGAUUCUGUGUUCCACUCUGCUUUGUUUACACCUAAAGUACAUCCAUUCUUUCAUGGAUACAGAUGCUGAGAGAUGGAUUGUUCUCUAUUUCAAACAAACAGGCUAGAAGAAAUCCCAAAACUCAAAUAAGACACCAGAGGGCCACAACAGAAGUGAAUCUGUUGCUCCAACCCUUUGGACCCUUAGGUUGAGGCACCUUGGUAUAAGAGGAGUGAAGGAAUGUGGCCGUGUCUCUGAGGCUGCGUCCCUAAUGACACCCUAUUCCCUAUGUAGUGCACUACUUCAACCAAGGCCCAUAGAAGUGCACAAUAUAUAUGGGAAUAGGGUGCCAGUCCUGGUCAAUAGUAGUGCACUAUGUGGGAAUAGGGUGCCAUUUGGGACGCAUACUAAGUGUGUUGUGUUUGUGUGUCUCUUGGUUUGCAGCGGAUUACCACAGCAGCGGGAACAUAGUGAACAACGGCUGGAAGAUCCACAACACAGCAAAGAACAAGUGGUUUGUGUGCAUGGCCAAGACCCCAGAGGAGAAACAGGAGUGGCUGGAGGCUAUCCUCAAAGAGAGGGAGAGGAGAAAAAGUUAGUAGUCAUAUAGUAUCUGAUACUGUUGGCGUAGUCGUGUGUGUGAGAACCAUAAUACAACCGAAACGCACCCUAUACCCUAAAUAGUGCACUCUGUAGGCAAUAUGGUGCCGUUUGGGAAACCUUAGUGGAAGUCAGUAUAUCCUCCUAUCCAGUGGUGAUUUUAGCAUGUAAAUCUUGGUGGGGCAAACAAACAAAAAAUUUGAGGGGAUGCAUGCCAGCUAAGCCACAGCACAACACUAAAAAAUACAUGAAUUGCACUAUAAUGGUGACAAACGGUGCCCACAAACUGUUAGGGCCUACAUAAAGCUCUCCUAACAGCAGAGUCCCAACAGCAGUCCCAACACCUUACCACUGCUGCCCCUGGCUAUCAGCGGAGCCUUGUCUGGCAGCGAAACAGUUCAUUCAUCCUCAUUUACUGCCUUUAAAAAAAAACAUGGCUGACUUUAACAAAUGUGGUUUCUACUGACAAUUGAGAUGUACAAACUAUGGCAUAAGGGGACAACAAGUGGAUAAGAGGCAAUCCGUAAUUUCGAUUAAGACAAUAAUGAGCAAGCUAGGACGGACAUAGUCAAUAUAACUAUUUGUUCAGCACUUUUGAAAUGUACAGCGACAGAAUUCAGAACAUGGGCCAUUCUUACAAUGUUCUCCCUGUUCACCAAGUCAGAACCGUAGCUAAGAUUUUUAAAGUAUGAUGUUGACAUGAUCAGUCCAAUCAAAGUGCCUUGCAAAAGUAUUCACCCCCUUUGCUAUGAAGCCCCUAAAUAAGAUAUGGUGCAACCAAUUACCUUCAGAAGUCACAUAAUUAGUUAAAUAAAGUCCACCUGUGUGCAAUCUAAGUGUCACAUGAUCUGUCACAUGAUCUCAGUAUAUAUACACCUGUUCUGAAAGGCCCCAGAGUCUGCAACAUCACUAAGCAAGGGGCACCAACAAGCAAAAAGCACCAUGAAGACCAAGGAGCUCUCCAAACAGGUCAGGGACAAAGUUGUGGAGAAGUACAGAUCAGGGUUGGGUCAUAAAAAAAUUACAGAAACUUUGAACAUCCCACGGAGCACCAUUAAAUCCAUUAUUAAAAAAUGGAAAGAAUAUGGCACCACAACAAACCUGCCAAGAGAGGGCCGCCCACCAAAACUCACGGACCAGGCAAGGAGGGCAUUAAUCAGAGAGGCAACAAAGAGACCAAAGAUAACCCUGAAGGAGCUGCAAAGCUCCACAGCUGAGAUUUUGGAGUAUCUGUCCAUAGGACCACUUUAAGCCGUACACUCCACAGAGCUGGGCUUUACGGAAGAGUGGCCAGAAAAAAGCCAUUGCUUAAAGGAAGAAAAAGCAAACACGUUUGGUGUUCGCCAAAAGACUCCACAAACAUAUGGAAGAAGGUACUCUGGUCAGAUGAGACUAACAUUGAGCUUUUUGGCCAUCAAGGAAAACGCUAUGUCUGGCGCAAACCCAACACCUCUCAUCACCCCAAGAACACCAUCCCCACAGUGAAGCAUGGUGAUGGCAGCAUCAUGCCGUGGGGAUGUUUUUCAUCGGCAGGGACUGGGAAACUGGUCAGAAUUCAAGGAAUGAUGGAUUGCGCUAAAUACAGGGAAAGUCUUUAGGGAAACCUGUUUCAGUCUUCCAGUGAUUUGAGACUGGGACGGAGGUUCACCUUCCAGCAGGACAAUGACCCUAAGCAUACUGCUAAAGCAACACUUGAGUGGUUUAAGGGGAAACAUUUAAAUGUCUUGGAAUGGCCUAGUCAAACCCAGACCUCAAUCCAAUUGAGAAUCUGUGUUAUGACUUAAAGAUUGCUGUACACCAGCUGAACCCAUCCAACUUGAAGGAGCUGGAGCAGUUUUGCCUUGAAGAAUGGCCAAAAAUCCCAAUGACUAGAUGUGCCAAGCUUAUAGAGACAUACCCCAAGAGACUUGCAACUGUAAUUGCUGCAAAAGGUGGCUCUACAAAGUAUUGAGAAUAGUUAUGCACGCUCAAGUUUUCACAAUAAAACAUAUUUUGCAUCUUCAAAGUGGUAGGCAUGUUGUGCAAAUCAAAUGAUACAAACCCCCAAAAAAUCAAUUUUAAUUCCAGGUUGUAAGGCAACAAAAUAGGAAAAAUGCCUAAGGGGUUGAAUACUUUCGCAAGCCACUGUAGAUAUAACGUGAUUUGACAUCAUUUUAUCUGUGGCCAAUGAUCUUGAGCCUUCUUGGAUGGGCACGUCUAAUGUAACUCUAUGACAGCAUCCAAGGGGCUUGAAUUUAAGAGCCCUAUCCUUAGAUUUGGCAGUGAUGUAGUGUCCCCAUGAGUGACAGAACACUGAGCCAAUCAAGGCGCAACUAGAGAACAUUACCAACCCCUACGCUCCGUAUUUUCCGCUGGCUGCCCCACAUCCACAGAAAGCGCUGAGCUAGGCUGAAACACCUGCAUUUUGGAGCUGCCUUACUCAAGAAAGCAAAAAAGAGACCAUGUUUGUAUAGAGGGUUUAUUAACUCAAUGAUAAAAAAAAAGGUUUACAUUGUUUGCAAAGUGAUAUGUGACACGUAUUAAUGCCAAAAUAACAUGCAAAAACUAGUUUAUUUUUAUUUAAUGUAUUUCUUUGCUAAAAAUGUGGGGCUCUGCCCCACCUGCACUGAAUGACGGGUCGCCACUGCUCCUAUCUAAGAUACUAGUUGUGGCAGGCACAAGAACUAGACUUGCAGGUAGAAUGAAUAGACCUGAACUCUUUUCCUAACACAAGAUGUCUUCUGUUGAGUCUAUUUCUAUCCUCUUGCUCCUCUUGCUCCUCCUCCUGCUCCUCCUUCCCCCUCUCUUCCUGCUUUUCCACAUGCUCCUCCUCCUCCACCUGCUCCUCCUCCUCCACUGCUCCCCCUGCUCUCCCUCCUCCUUCUCCUCCUCUGCUCCUCCUCCUGCUCUCCCUCCUCCUGCUCCUCUUCCUGCUCCACCUCCUGCUCCUGCUCCUUCUCCUUCUCCUGCUGCUCCUCCUGCUCUCCCUCCUCCUGCUCCUGCUCCUCCUCCUUCUCCUGCUGCUCCUCCUGCUCUCCCUCCUCCUCCUCCUGCCUCUCCUCCUGCUCCUCCUCUCCUGCUGCUCCUCCUGCUCUCCCUCCUCCUCCUCCUGCCUUUCCUCCUGCUCCUUCCUCCUUCUCCUGCUGCUCCUCCUGCUCUCCCUCCUCCUCCUCCUGCCUCUCCUCCUGCUCCUCCUCCUGCUCCUCCUCCUGUAGUGUUUCAGCACCAGGGUAUGAUAUGCCUAACUACUUUAAUGUGAGAAGACAAAUUAGAUGAGAUGGAUUGAUAGAGACAGUAUACUAUUUCUAUAUCAGCAUACAUAUACAGAUGUGGUCCUAUAUAUUGGUACCCUGGCACUUUACAAUGGAGUGCAAUGGAGCAGAAUGUUCUGUUUUCUCUUUUCAAAACUGGUUGAAUGGCUAUUUUUACCUUGUAGGCACCUGCUACUUACCACAGUUGAGAUACAUUACACAUAAACAAACCAAAUUAAUUAGAAUUUUGAAUAAUUUAGUCCAUGCCGUUUUUGACUUUGAAGUGAAACAUCUAAAUUUCAGUUUAGAUAUGUUUUUCUGUUUUAGUCCUGUGCAGUUAUAAAUCAAACAAUUUCAACUGAUUUUAGAAGAAAUAGUGAAUAUUAUAUUUGACCGCAUCUGUACCAAUGGGAAACAUUACUCCUUUGACUGUCGCCUUCCUUCCUUCCCUCUAGCGUUGAGGCUGGGGAUGGAGCAGGACACGUGGGUGAUGGUGUCAGAGAAAGGAGAGAAGCUCUAUCACCUGAUGACUAAGCAGGGACACCUCAUCAAGGACAGGAAACGCAAGCUCACCACAUUCCCUAAGUGCUUCCUGGGAAGGUAGGAGUCCAAUACUUACCUAUGACUGAUCUCUCUAGCUCUCUCUCUCUCAUGCAGGUGUCAGUAGUGGGUGUCUGCGUUUGGGUUUUUCUGUGUGUUUGUGUGUGUGUCUCUCUCUCUCUCUCUCUCUCUCUCUCUCUCUCUCUCUCUCUCUCUCUCUCUCUGUAUUUCCUGGGAAGGAAGACCUCCCUCCCUGACCUAUAA